CUUACUGCCUUCUGAUCACGAGUGACACAGCUGACCAUUCCCUACAGCAUUGUUUGUUGUUAUUGGUGGGUAGAACUGAAUCGGUGUUUUGAAAGCAGACUUUGAAAAGUUGGGACGGCCUUUGGAAAUCCGCUAAUAUCAUGAAGCUCGUCAGGUUCCUUAUGAAGUUGUCGCAUGAGAGUGUCACCCUUGAGCUCAAGAAUGGAACGCAGGUGUCGGGCACGAUAACGGGCGUGGAUGUGGCCAUGAACACGCAUUUGAAAGGGGUGAAAAUGACCUUGAAGAACAGAGAUCCCGUCAAUUUGGAUCAGCUCUCUAUUCGCGGUAACAACAUCAGAUACUACAUUUUACCCGAACACUUACCUUUGGAAACAUUGCUCAUUGACGAUGGACCCAAGAAACGAGCAGACAAAGGACGAGGCCGCGGUCGUGGGGGACCCACACGGGGUCGAGGAGCUGGACCUAGAGGACGUGGUCGAGGGAGAGGAGGUCCUCGGGGACGUGGCCGUGGUGGCCCCCCUCGGCGAUAGUCACGCAAGACCCCUGGUCGUGUACGUUUUGAGAGUAUUCAUUGUGAAUGAAAGUGAAUGUGUCACCCUGCCGGAAAUAGUAGGUGGAAAAGACUUACUGCAAAAUAUGUUCUUGUGUAAAAGAAAUAAAAUGUCAUCCAUUGA